CCUUUUCAUCAGCGGAGCGGCUCAUGCGAGCGGCGUGAGCUUCGAUCAGAACUACCAAAUAACGUGGGGUUACGAUCACAUUGCGACUUUGGAUAACGGCCGAGAAGUUCAGCUCUCAAUGGAUGCUUCUUCUGGUUAUUCUAGUUACUCCUGAUACUACUCUCGCGUGUAGUGAUUUUUCUUCUGUAAUGAAUGGAAAUCGACGGUGAUGAAGAUGUUUAGUUAGGUCCAAUGACUAAGAUUGCUUAAUCUCCCAUGGUUUUGGAUGGAAAUGGGUCGGGGUUCGCAUCGCAGAAGAGCUACGGAUCUGGAUUUUUCAACAUGACGAUAAAGCUACCGGGGAGGAACUCCGCUGGAGUUGUCACCGCUUUCUAUCUGAUUUCACACGGGGAUAGGCAUGAUGAGGUGGACUUCGAAUUCCUGGGCAACAGGGAAGGCAAACCGAUCACGCUGCAGACCAAUGUGUUUGCAGAUGGAGUUGGCAACAGGGAACAGAGGAUUCUUCUCUGGUUCGAUCCCACAGCUGAUUUUCACUCUUACAAGGUCCUCUGGAAUCAUCAUCAGAUCGUGUUUUAUGUGGACGACAUCCCCAUAAGAGUGUUCAAGAACAACAAGCGGAUCGGAGUGCCCUACCCGACACAACCCAUGCAAAUAGAGGCAAGCCUGUGGAACGGGGACAGCUGGGCGACCGAUGGAGGGCGAACCAAGAUAGAUUGGAGCUACGCGCCGUUCCAAGCCCAUUACCGAGGCUUCGACAUCUCCGGCUGCGAGUUCCAGAGCCAAGACGCCGGCCGCUGUUAUUCCUUGGCCUACUGGUGGAACUCGUGGAAACACUGGGUUUUGGACGAAGAGCAAGAGAGACAGCUCGAGGACGUGAGGAAGAAUUUCAUGAACUACGACUAUUGCGCCGAUAGGUCCAGAUACCCCGUGCCGCCACCCGAGUGUCAUUAACAGUUCUUCAGGGAAGGGUUAGGAGUCAAGCAAGUAAUAAACCUAGGAAACGGUUCUUCGUUUCCGCCAUUGAAUUGUGAGGAUCAAUCUUUUGAAUUCCAUGAAUAAUGAAUUGAUUGAGAGGAAUGUCUCUCCCAAAGGCUAUUUUGCCAGACUUAGAGGAAAGACAGUAACCUCCCACUGGUCA